AUUAUUCUAUUCUAGUUGAAUGAUAAUGGUCUCUAUGCUAUGCUAUCUAUUCGAUGGCCAUUCUUUUAUCCACAUUAUUUCCCAAACUUGGCAUUGCCAAUACCAAUACCAAAUCCUUCAUCAUCUCAAAAGUACCCAUCAUCAUUUGUAGCAGCCUCAACCCCAGCACCUUGAAACGCCGCAACCUCAUUCUCCAAACUUCUCUACUCUGCUGCUUUGGCAUUUCUUCUCUAACUCUUCAACUCCCACCUGCUCUAUCUUCGGAACCCAAUUCUCUUCUUUCUACCAUCGAAAAUACUAGUUCUUGGUACCGUUUCUAUGGUGACGGGUUUGCUAUUCGAGUCCCACCUGAGUUUCAAGAUGUCAUGGAACCUGAGGAUUUUAGUGCCGGAAUGAAUCUUUAUGGGGACAGAGCAAAAGAGAAGGAAGUCGUAGCACGCUUUGUAUCUUCAGACGGAUUAGCUGUUCUGAAUGUUAUCACUCGGGUGACCAGUCAGCUUAAACUCACCUUCUUAGAGGCUCAGGAUAUAACUGGUUUAGCCUCCUUGAAGGAUGCUGCAAAAUUAUUUAUUCCAGGAGGGUCAAAAGUUUACUCAGCAAGAUCAAUAAAAAUUAAGGAACCAGGUGGUUUUAGGACAUACUAUUUCUAUGAAUUUGGUAAAGAUGAUCUGCACUUAGCAUUGAUGGCAGGCGUACGAGGUGGAAAGGUUAUUAUUGCUGGCGCAACUGCACCACAGUCCAAGUGGGACACUGAUGGUGUAACACUUCGUUCUGCUGCUAUAUCAUUGACAAUUGUGUAGCCAUUUCUUGAAAUAUUGUAACCGGGUAUGCCAACAUUUUUGUAUCUUGUAAGAUUGUUCGCUAUUUUAAGCCGAGAUUUAUUUAUAUACAAACUGGAUGGAGUAUAGAAGAUCAUCAAUUUCUUUGUAAUGAGAUUAUAUAUAUUUUGUAGUGUGUGUAUUUUAAAAUAUUACAUUAUAUAUUCAAAAUGUUUCUUAGUGUGAAGAGCCGAAGUCAGUUGGAGAUUUGUUCCACUGCUUCAUACUCUACACUUGAGUUUGAACAAUGUCUGAACCAGCUGAUGAGAGUUGGGAAUGGUGUAGUAUAUCUGUAACCAUUAAUGUGAUAUACAAAUAAUCAUUUUCAGAUA